ACGGGAAGAAUGACGGGAGUUUACGGGGCCGUGGGGUCAUGGGGCCACGGGUGGGCGUCCUUGUGGGGAUUGAGUGACACAGGCGGUGGGCGUGAGUGUUGGGGGCGAGGUUCGGGUCCAGCGAGUGACUAAUUGAUUGAGUCACUCAGCGCUUGUAUCCUCACCCCGUGGUAACUGCCAGGCGCUCUUGCAAAUGUUUCACAUUAGCAGGAGCCCUGUGAGGUGUUACGAUGAUUAUUUUCAUGUUAUAGAGAGAAAACGGUACAGUGUGGCUUGGCAAACUGUCCAAAGUCACGUAGGUAGCAAACCCGAGGAAUCCUUUUUCUUCUCUUUUCCUGUACUUUGUUUAUCAUGUUUAUUGUUUCCAGUGUGUCUCUUCCUCCAGACUAGAAAUCUGGAGCUGGGAAUUUGAGAUUUUGUUCACUGAUGGAUUUGCAACACGGAGAACCGGCUCAUGGAAGGCACUCAUUUCUUCAGUGAAUAAAAGUGGCACAGCAGUCAAUCAGUUGGUUCCAAAGCCCGGACUCAGGAAGGCAGAGUUUCGCUCACUGAGGAUAGUUGAGCUGUGCAUGAAUGUUAACUCUUAAAGCUAGAAUGAGGCGUUGUCCCUCUUCUGUUGGGUAAAAACCUUUGGGUUUUACUCAACUUCACUGCAUGGAAGGGAGCAUAGGUGUUGCUAAUUGAAUCUCCCGUGGUCAUUGUGUUUCCAGGGUCAGAGUGCAGACCUGAGACCACUGCUCACCGACUUCAGACUCCAGUUUAUCUGUGCCCCGGCUUCCUCACUUAGUCUCAGAAGACUUAGGCCGAGGCCUCAGAAGGAGAUCUCCAUCCUUUGCAAGAGCACAAGAUGGCCAUGUCCCAGGAAUCAUUGACCUUCAAGGACGUGUUUGUGGACUUCACCCUGGAGGAGUGGCAGCAACUGGACUCUGCCCAGAAGAACCUCUACAGGGAUGUCAUGCUUGAGAACUACAGCCACCUGGUGUCCGUGGGGUAUCUAGUUGCAAAGCCAGAUGUGAUCUUCAGGUUGGGACCAGGAGAAGAGUCCUGGAUGGCAGAUGGAGGGACCCCGGUACGGACAUGUGCAGAAGUCUGGCAAGUUGACGAGCAGAUAGAUCACUACAAGGAAAGCCAAGACAAACUUCUGUGGCAAGCUGCAUUCAUAGGCAAGGAAACACUGAAGGAUGAAAGUGGUCAAGAAUGUAAAAUAUGUAGGAAAAUCAUUUAUCUCAACACAGAAUUUGUUUCUGUAAAACAAAGACUCCCUAAAUAUUAUUCAUGGGAAAGGUGUUCAAAACAUAAUUUAAACUUUCUUAGUCAAAAUAGAAGCUAUGUAAGAAAGAAAGAUGAUGGAUGUAAGGCAUAUUGGAAAGUAUGCCUCCAUUAUAAUCUUCAUAAAGCUCAACCUGCAGAGAAAUUUUUUGACCCUAAUCAACGAGGGAAAGCCAUCCACCAAAAGCAAGCCCUUAGAAAAAGUCAGAGAAGUCAAACUGGGGAGAAACUCUACAAAUGUACUGAAUGUGGAAAAGUGUUUAUCCAGAAAGCAAACUUAGUUGUACAUCAAAGAACUCACACUGGAGAGAAACCUUAUGAAUGCUGCGAAUGUGCAAAAGCCUUCAGCCAGAAGUCAACCCUCAUAGCACACCAGAGAACUCACACAGGGGAGAAGCCCUAUGAAUGCAGUGAAUGUGGAAAAACCUUUAUCCAGAAGUCAACUCUGAUUAAACAUCAACGAACUCAUACAGGAGAGAAACCAUUUGUAUGUGGCAAAUGUCCAAAAGCCUUUAAGAGUUCAUAUCAUCUUAUUAGACAUGAAAAAACACACAUUAGACAAGCAUUUUAUAAAGGUAUUAAAUGUACUAAGUCCAGCCUUAUAUAUCAAAGGAUUCACACAAGUGAGAAACCUGAGUGCAGUGAACAUGGGAAAGCCUCUAAUGAGAAGCCCAGUCCCACUAAACACUGGAGAACUCAUACAAAAGAGAACAUUUAUGAGUGUAGUAAAUGUGGGAAAAGCUUCAGAGGAAAGUCACACCUCUCUGUUCAUCAGAGAAUUCAUACAGGAGAGAAACCCUAUGAAUGUAGUAUAUGUGGGAAGACUUUCAGUGGAAAGUCACACCUCUCUGUCCAUCAUAGAACUCAUACAGGAGAGAAACCUUAUGAAUGCAGAAGAUGUGGGAAAGCCUUUGGGGAAAAGUCAACCCUUAUUGUACAUCAGAGAAUGCAUACAGGAGAGAAGCCCUAUAAAUGCAACGAAUGUGGGAAAGCCUUUAGUGAGAAGUCACCACUGAUUAAACAUCAGAGAAUUCAUACAGGAGAGAGACCCUAUGAAUGCACUGACUGUAAAAAAGCCUUCAGUAGGAAGUCAACUCUCAUCAAACAUCAGAGAAUUCAUACAGGAGAAAAACCUUACAAAUGUAGUGAAUGUGGGAAGGCCUUCAGUGUGAAAUCAACUCUCAUUGUGCAUCACAGAACUCAUACAGGAGAGAAACCUUAUGAAUGCAGAGACUGUGGGAAAGCAUUCAGUGGGAAGUCAACUCUCAUUAAACAUCAGAGAAGUCACACAGGAGAUAAAAACCUAUGAUUAUACUAGAUACUAGUAAUUUGUCAUUUGACUUACUAGUCUCAUUAUUUGUCAAAUAAUCAUGGGGAGUAAUCUUAUAAAUGUCCAGAAUAUUGGAAAUUCUUCAUAUGUUAAUGUUCAUUUAACUUAAUAAAAAGUACAAAAGUAUAAUUCCA